UCAGUCAAUCGCGGUUCGUGGACUGCAGCCUUUGCGGUCUCAAUCUUUGAUCGAUUCAACCCUUCGAUGGUUCCUUUAAUAUCUGCUUCCGAUCGAGUCAUGGCAUCGAUUCUUCUCCAUGUCGUCGUUAGAACCGGCAAUGGACGGCACUGACGACGCCUCCGUCGCCGCCGUAAGGAUCGGCACAGAGGCCAUGGUCGCCGCCGUUGCGUUCCUAUUCAUGGUCGUCGUCUUCGUCUUCUUCUUCUACCUCUACGCUCGCCGCCGCCUGCGUUCCGGAAGUGGCCGAUUUGUCUUUUCCAACACUGCUCCCGACAUCGGCAGACGCGGCCUUGACGCCGCCGCGCUCGCAGCCCUGCCCGCCACCGUGUACAGCUCCGCAGACUUCAAGGACCGCGGCGGGCUCGAGUGCGCGGUCUGCCUCACUGAGCUCGCCGACGGCGAGGCGGCCCGGGUGCUCCCCGCCUGCGGCCACGGUUUCCACCUCGAGUGCAUCGACAUGUGGUUCCACUCCCGCGCCACCUGCCCUCUCUGUCGCCGGCGAGUCGUCGUCGGCGAGGCCUCCUCCCCAAAAACAGAGCCUCCGAGUCCUCUUCCUCCGCCUCCGGAGGCUUCUGCCCGGGAACCGCCGGCGUUUCCGACCAACGUGUUGAUUUGGGGCGGCCGAGGCCAGGAAGGCUCUCUGGUGAUCGAGAUCCCAAGGAGAGCCGUCGGCGGAUCCGGGUCGCAAGUCUCGCCGUCGACGACGGCUUCGGCCGCAGAGGAGUCGAGGUCGCUGUUGUCGGUGAGAUUCCAGUCGCUAAGACGGCUCUGGAGCCAGGGGAGGAGGGCCGGCCCCUCUUCGAUUGAGUUCCUCGACGUCGAGCAAGGAAUCGCCGAGGGAAGCGCUCCGCUGCCCCAGACUCCAGCCGCGAAGCAAUAACGCUGCCGGAGAUCGAAAGCUUAGCUCGAGCUCCGAGUUGCACUGGCGGCUCGCCGAUCACCGGAACUCGUCAUAAGUUUGAUUCUUUGCUGCGUAGAAAGCCAAAAUUAAGCAUACUUGUAACAAUUCCCAUAUACUGUGAUGAAGAAUUCUUCACCACUCUGAAAAUUCAUCAUUUUUAUGCUAUUUAAUUUGAUUCGUUGAUGCCAAAAAUUAUU